AUGGCUGACCUUCACGAAAACUCCCCCAAUACAUCCUUCAAAGAAGAAACGGGCAAGAAUUCUAAAGAGGUGGACUCUUCGUCCGGAUCUCACAAUGACGGCAGUGUAAACGCAAAGCAAUCUAACAGAUCUUCAGCCCAAGAUUUCCUCAAUGCCCGUCCACCAACUUUCAAAGACAGGAUACAGAGAUUCUUUUACUAUAGAGGACUAGGCGACAGGCCAGAAUAUUUACAAGAGAUCUACAACAAUAUCCCGCGGACUAUAUAUUUCAACUACGAUUUGCCGGCAGAUAUGAAAGAUAGUGAUGGACAUCCUAUUCUCGAAUACCCUAGAAACAAAAUAAGAACUACAAAAUAUACCCCCCUUUCGUUCUUGCCCAAGAAUUUGCUUUUGCAGUUUACUAAUGUUGCCAAUACCUACUUUUUAAUCUUGGUGAUUUUGAGUGCUUUCCAACUUUUUGGAGUGCCGUCACCUGGUUUAGCCGCAGUCCCCUUGAUUGUUAUUGUUUGUAUCACGGCAGCCAAGGAUGCAUUCGAAGAUUAUAGAAGAGUGGUAAGCGAUCUUGAAUUGAAUAAUAGCCCGAUACAUUUACUAUGUGGGGUCAAAAAUCCAAAUGUCGAAAAGGACUUUGUUGGACCGUACAGAAGGUUCAAAAAGGCAUGUACGCGAGCAACCAUAAAAACCUUCAAGGCUAUCAGAAAAGCUUGUAUAUAUGUCUUUGGAAACAAGCGUCAAAAGCAGGAUUUCAUUCGCGAACAAGCUUACCAGGAAGACCUAGCUUUGCACAGGGUUAGUACGGUGGUUUCAGAUUACUCGUAUCACUCGCAACAUCCCACUAGUGUACGGUCUCCAAGAAACAGCACAUAUUCUCCAAGAAUGAGCACCCAGUCGAGAAAUAGAAAGUCCGCGCAGUCGAGGCACCCACCAACAAAAGCUCUUGCGAACUCGUUACUCAAUCCUGUAUUGAAGGAAGAAAAUGCCCAACAUCCCGAGAUGAAUAGAGCUUCCUUUAAGAAUAGAUAUUGGAAGGAUGUGAAUGUUGGAGACAUGAUUAGAAUCAGGGCAGAUGAAGAAGUACCUGCUGAUGUUGUGAUUAUUUCAGCUUCAGAUGCGGAAGGAAAUUGUUAUGUUGAGACCAAAAAUUUGGAUGGCGAAACAAAUCUCAAAACAAGAACUGCUCUAAAAUGUGGAGGAAACAAUAACUUGAAGCACUCUGAUGAUUUGAGUGAUACCAAAUUCUGGUUAGAGUGUGAUUCACCAAACCCAGACCUAUAUUCAUUCAGGGGAACUAUUCACUAUGAAAAUUUUGAUGAUGAUGGAAAUUUGGUCAACCCUGACGAAAAAGAAGUCAUAACUCCAGAAAAUGUCCUUUUGAGAGGCUGCAUUUUGAGAAAUACCAAAUGGGCAAUCGGGCUUUGUGUGUAUACUGGACGCGAGACAAAGAUUAUGUUGAAUGCUGGUAUCACUCCAACAAAAGUCUCGCGUAUUUCUCGAGAAUUAAAUUUGUCCGUUAUUAUCAACUUUGUGUUGUUAUUCGUCUUGUGCUUCAUUUCUGGGGUGGUUAAUGGUCUAUUUUACCGAGUGCAUGAUAACUCCUGGGUUUAUUUCGACUGGCACCCGUAUGGAUCAGGUCCAGCAGCACGAGGUGUGAUUGCUUUUUUCGUUGCUUUAAUCAUCUACCAAUCGUUGGUACCCAUCUCAUUAUACAUUUCCAUUGAAAUCAUCAAAACCUUACAAGCAUUUUUUAUUCACUCCGAUGUCAAGAUGUACUACUCAAAGUUGGAUUUUCCAUGUAUUCCAAAAGCAUGGAACAUUUCUGAUGAUUUGGGCCAAAUUGAAUAUGUGUUUAGUGACAAAACCGGUACCUUGACGCAAAACGUGAUGGAGUUUAGGAAAUACACCAUAAACGGGAAAUCAUAUGGUUUGGCAUAUACAGAGGCAAAGCAAGGGUUGGACAAAAGGCAGGGAUUGGAUGUGGUGGAGGAAAGUGUAAAGUGGAAAAAGAUAAUAUCUGACGAUAGACAGUUGAUGUUGGAUAAUUUGCACAAGCUCUCAAACAACGAUCAGCUACGUGAUGACAAUGUUGCCUUUGUCUCAAAUCAGUACGUUGAAGAUACCCUAUUAGCUGAUCCCAAUGACCCGCAACGAAUUGCCAAUGAAAAAUUCAUGUUUGCGUUGGCGUUAUGUCAUACCGUGGUGACGGAGCAAAAUAGGGAUGAUCCCGAGUUGCGUGACUUCAAAGCAGAGUCCCCCGAUGAAGCCGCUUUGGUGUCGGUUGCUAGAGAUAUGGGAAUUGUUUUUAAAACCAAGUUGAGACAAUCUUUGUUACUACUGGUGUAUGGGAAAGAUGAAGAAUUUCAAGUACUCAAUACAAUCCCAUUCACUUCUGCAAGGAAAAGGAUGUCUUGCAUUGUUAAAGCUCCAAAUGGAGAAAUCACAUUGUAUACAAAGGGAGCUGAUAGUGUUAUAUUCCAAAGAUUAGACCCUGAAAGAAACUCGCAUGAUUUGGUGAGCAAAACUGCUUUGUAUCUCGAAGAUUACGCAAACGAAGGUUUACGUACAUUAUGUAUUGCAUCGAGGCAACUUGAUCCAAAUCAAUACGAGAACUGGGCUCAAAGAUACCACGAAGCUAUCGUUUCCAUCGACGAUAAUAGAGAGGAUUUGAUUGACGAGUUAAACGAUGCCAUUGAGACAGACUUGAUUUUGUUGGGCGGUACAGCCAUUGAAGAUAGGUUGCAAGCGGGUGUACCUGACUCUAUAGCCAUCUUGGGACAAGCAGGUAUCAAAUUAUGGGUUCUUACUGGAGACAGGAUUGAAACUGCCAUCAAUAUCGGGUUUUCAUGUGACUUGUUAGAGAGUAACAUGAAGCUUUUGGUUGUGCGACCAGAUGAAAAUAACCCUACAAAUGUGGAAUACAUUGACGAAUUGAUCACAAAGCACUUGUCAGAAAAUUUUCAAAUUGACGCGUCAAGCUCGGAAACUAUCGAACCGUUGAUCACGGAAGCCAGGAAAGAUCACUCUCCUCCAAGUUCGAAAUUUGCAUUGAUCAUUGAUGGUGCUGCUUUGGGGCUCAUUUUCCAAGAUUCGGACGAUUCUACGAAUGCCAAUAUGGAAUUGCUCAAGGAUAAGUUCUUGUUAUUGGGAAAGCAAUGUAAAUCAGUUAUGUGCUGUCGUGUAUCUCCAGCUCAAAAGGCUGACGUUGUGCGUAUUGUAAAGAAUCGUUUGAAAGUUAUGACUUUGGCAAUAGGUGAUGGGGCAAAUGAUGUUGCCAUGAUCCAAACUGCCAAUAUCGGUGUUGGUAUUGCUGGUGAAGAAGGUCGUCAAGCUGCUAACUCCUCAGACUAUGCACUUGGUCAGUUUAGGUUCUUAACGAGGUUGUUACUUGUUCAUGGUAGAUGGUCAUACAAACGGUUGGCGGAAAUGGUGCCAUGUUUUUUUUACAAGAAUGUUGUGUUUUCGUUUACGUUUUUCUGGUAUGGAAUUUACAACAACUACGAUGGGUCCUAUCUUUACGAGUAUACCUAUCUUAUGUUUUACAACUUGGCAUUCACCUCGUUGCCGGUUAUUGUGAUGGGAGUUUUGGACCAAGAUGUGUCGGACACUGUUUCGUUAUUGGUGCCCCAAUUGUACAUUAACGGAAUUUUGAGUCAAGAUUGGUCACAGUACAAGUUUGUGAUGUACAUGAUUGAUGGAUUGUACCAGUCUGUUAUCUCAUUCUAUUUCCCGUUUUUGUUGUUUUACAAAGCAUUUCAAAACCCACAAGGGAUGACCAUUGACCACAGAUUUUAUGUUGGUAUUGUUGCCGCAUGUAUCUCAGUUACAGCAUGUGACCUCUACGUGUUGUUGCGUCAAUAUCGCUGGGACUGGCUUACAUUGUUGAUUGAUGGUAUUUCCAUUCUUCUUGUUUACUUUUGGACUGGUGUGUGGAGUGUCAACAAGAACUAUUCUGGAGAGUUUUAUCGUGCUGGUGCUCAAACAUUAGGGACUUUGGGAGUUUGGUGUUGUAUUUUUGUAGCUGUGAUUGCUUGUUUACUACCCAGAUUCACCAUUGACUUUUUGCGUACAAAUUUCAAACCCACAGACGUUGAUAUAAUAAGAGAACAAGUUCGUCAAGGUAAAUAUGAUGAUUAUCCUGAGGGAUAUGAUCCAACUGACGCAGAGGAUGUUGAGAGACACAGAUUGCUCACCGAAAUCAUCAAACAAGAUCCCGAGUUGUUUGAUAAGAUGGAGAAGGAGUACGAGGAGGAAAAACUCGAUCAUGAGAAUAAACUUGAACGAACUUUCAAGUCAAUAAAGAGAAAGACCACUAUAUCUGGCUCGAGGUCGCGGAAGAACUCUCAAAGGCUAAGAAAGAAUACUAUCAACAACCAGUUCCACAAACCGAUUUCAAUUGAAGAGUUGAGACAGCAAAUGAUUCAGACUGGCGAGUACAACACUGCAAGAAAUACGUUGGAGAGAAUCAGUACAUCUCAUGCAGUGCCGGGAUUGACUCAAGCUGAAACUUUAAUGUCAUACCAUACUAGAAACAGUAUAAGCUUGAAUCGUGGUCAAGCUGUAUAA